AUGGUCAUCCACCUCGAAAAGAAACCUACGACCAGUAAAGCCGUUCCCCCUCUAACCGCUCGUCCCCUCGACCUCCUCUACGCCAUCUUUUUCGCUUUCCACAUCCCAGCAUCCAUCUUCCUAGACCUCCAAUACUUCUACCCAAAAUGGGCCAUACCACCCUUCAUGCGCUCCCUAAUUCCACUAUACGUCCAAAUGUCUAACGACCCCCUCGUGGGCGGACUAGCCGGUUUCUUCGGGGACAACUCACACCUGCUCUGGUUCAAGACGUUCCUCUAUCUCGAAGCUCUAUUCCAAGUACCCGUGUUCUUCAUUGGUCUUUACGGGCUGUACAAAGGCUCCAAGUCGAUCUACGUCCUCCUCAUAAUCUACGGCGCCUCAACAGCCACCACAACACUCCCAUGCAUCCUCUACUUCCUCCAGGUUCCCAGACUCGCUUCUGGUGUUCUGGCCACACCAGGCGUCGAAUCAUUAACAACAGAACAACUCAUCCUCUUGUUAUCAAGCUAUAUUCCAUUUUUCCUUAUACCCCUCCUAAUGGCAGUCGACAUGGCCUACCGCGUUUUGGGAUUGGUCAAAACUGGUGUAAAGGCGGAGAAGUGGGAGUAAACCCUAAUCUUUUAUUUAUAUACCCAAGUUAUCAGGGACCCUUCAACUAUGCUAUCGAUAUUUUACAAUUUUCUACACCG